AGAGAGAGNAGGUGGUCUCUCCAAGGAAUGACUGCUUUGGUCACCGGAGGUACAAAAGGAAUAGGCCAUGCAGUUGUGGAGGAACUGGCGAGCCUGGGCGCCGCGGUGCACACGUGCUCCCGGAACGAGGCGGAGCUCAGCACGUGCCUCCGAAGAUGGAGCGAGAAAGGUUACCGCGGUGUGACGGGAUCCGUCUGCGAUGUAUCCUCCCCGGAGCAACGUGAGAAGCUCCUCAAAGACAUCUCUUCUGUUUUCAAUGGAAAGCUUAACAUUCUGGUGAACAACGCGGGCACGUUAACAUGGAAACCAACGACCGAGUACAGUGACGAGGACACCAAAUUCAUGUGGGCUACAAAUUUUGACUCGGCUUAUCAUCUAUGCCGACUCGCACAUCCCCUUCUCAAGCAAUCUGGCUUAGCCAACAUAGUCUUCAUGUCCUCCAUCUCGGGUGUCAUCGCCGUGCCUUACUGUAGCCCUUACGCCGCAACCAAAGGGGCACUGAAUCAGUUAACUAAGAAUCUUGCAUGUGAGUGGGCGAAAGACAACAUUCGAGCUAACAGUGUCGCACCUUGGCUUACGAAAACGUCUUUAGUUGAACCGGCGCUCGAUGAGAGCCUUUUGGAGGGUAUUCGGACUCGAACACCGCUCGGUCGAAUAGCAGCGCCAGAAGAUGUUUCGUCUGUUGUGGCGUUCCUUUGCAUGCCUGCUGCUUCAUACAUCACGGGACAAACUAUCAUUGUUGACGGCGGAUUAUCGGUGAACGGCUUCUUCUUCUAUUGAACGUAUAGCACCGGUCAAAAUCGAACCAAAAAAAUUGGACUCUUGAAUUUCAUGAGUAUAUUUAGCGCGAGUUGUUUCAGUUUUUGUCAGUACGAGUAACUGUUGAAGAUUAUUUUCGCCUUCUGAAUACAGAGUGGAGUACGUACG